UGCAUUUCAUAACUAUCCUCACCAUAAUCUUCAGAAGAGAAAAAUGCUAUUUGAAAUUGUAUAUCUAUCAAUGAGUUUCACAUAAUACAGAUUUUAUUACAAUUGUCCUCACAUGCCUGUUAAAAGAGAAUUAUAAUGUAUUCUCACCAUCUUUUGUCUUUAAUCUUUUUGUCCCACCUACUCUGUCCUUAGAUCACCAAUUUCUAUAGCUAAUUUGAGGACAUCUUUAAAAAAGAUACUAGCAUGGUAAAUAUUACCUAUACUCAAGAAUCUUAACAAUUCCAGGGUUUAUUGUUGAUAAUUUUAAUAAAUCUUUGAGUAGCAAACAAGUGUUUUAUUUGUUUUCUCUUAGAAAUGACAACAGAUGAUCUGAACCAGGACAACUCCACUGAGAAGGAAAACGUUGUGGAACUCACAGAGUCUUAUACAGAGAAUGCUGAAAUUCCUCAUUUUCCACAAGAUUUCGAAGUUGCAAAAUAUAACACCUUGGAAAAAGUUGGGGCGGAGGGUGGUAAGGCAGUGGCGGUGGUGGAACUGCAGUGCUCCCGGGAGGAGCCCGGGGACGCCGCCUUCCUGAUAUCCGCACACUUCCUCUCGGCCACCGGCGUCAAGACUAGAAGACACUUCUCUGUAAAGAAAACCUCUGCAGAUGCAAGUGAGCACUAUGAAAAUUACAUUGAACAACUGAAGAAACAAGGAUUUCUGCUAAGGGAAUAUUUUACACCCGAAGCAACCCAGUUGGCAUCUGAAAAACUGCAGGCGUUGCUUUUGGAGGAGGUAAUGAAUUCAAGCACUCUGAGCAAAGAGGUGAGCGAUUUGGUGGAGAUGGUCUGGGCGGAAGCUCUCGGCCACCUGGAGCACACACUUCUCCAGCCUGCGAACAGGAUUAGUCUCAAUGACGUGAGCAAGGCGGAGGGAGUUCUCCUUCUAGUAAAGGCAGCCCUGAAAAAUGGAGAAACAGAAGAACAAUUGCAAAAUAUGAUGACCGACUUCUACAGAUUAAUACCUCACAGAGGCACAGCAACUGAAGAAGUGAACCUGAGACUAUUAGCUAAGAAAGAGGACCUCUGCCAGCUAAUAAGAGACAUGGUUAAUGUCUGUGAAACUAAUCUGUCCAGACCCAACCCGCCUUCUCUUGCCAAAUACCGAGCUUUGAGAUGCAAAAUUGAGCAUGUUGAACAGAACACUGAAGAAUUUUUCAGAGUUAGAAAAGAGGUUUUACAGAAUAAUCACAGUACAGGUCCAGUAGACAUCUUGCAGAUAUUUAGAGUUGGCAGAGUGAAUGAAGCCACAGAGUUUUUGAGCCAGCUUGGCAAUGUGAAGUCCUUACUGCAUGGAUCUCCCGUACAAAGCUUUGUAGGGAUCCUGUCCCGUGGGUUGCUUUUACCCAAAGUAGUUGAAGAUCGUGGCACAAAGAGAACAGACACUGGAAAUCUUGGGAGUGGGAUAUAUUUCAGCGAUUCACUCAGGUUAGUAUAUUACAUAUACUAUACAUGAUGUCUUAACCAUGUUACUCAC